AUGCAAGGUCAGCUGGCUGUCUCCGGUUCUAUGCCGUUCCUAAGUGCGGUUCAGAUGCAGGGGGCGCUGCCGUCGAUCGGACAAGCUACAGUGGACUAUGGGUGCGGAGACGGCGUGGCGAUAACGCAGGAGACGGGUAACCCGUGCGGACCCAACGCGAAGUUUGCGGGCGGGUUGACCACGGCUGAUCUUGCUCUAUGCGGUACAAAUGCAGGGCAGGCUGCCUUCGACCAGCCAAGCUGCCGUCACAUGGUGCGGAAACGGCGUCGCCAUAACGCAGGAGACGGCGACCCUUGCGGGCCCAACGCUUAG